UCAUGAACAACACAACAGAAAUAACCAACACAAAGCCUUUGAAAAUCUUGCUGUCCGUCCUGCCGUGCUUUUUCUUCCUCUACGUAAACGUCGUCAUGCUGUUUACUCUGCACAGGAAGCCUCUUUUCCUCGAGUCCUCGCGUUACAUCCUGUUUGCUCAUCUGCUCCUCACUGACUCCCUGCAGCUUCUGGUCUCCAUUGUCCUGUACAUCUUUGCCGUGGGCAUGUUCAAAGUGUUUGCUCUCGUCUGUCACAUUUCCUCUUUGUUAGCGAACAUCACCCUUAAACUAUCACCCCUCAAUCUCGCUGUGAUGUCUUUAGAGAGGUAUGUGGCCAUUUGUUUUCCACUGAGGCACACUGAUAUUGCCACCACCAAGAGGACGCACCUGGCUAUAGCUGUUUUAUGGAUAGUGGUCUCUGUGGACUCUUCCACUCAGGUUUCUCUGUUUAUCUCUCUUCAGAAUGAAACAAUGGCCUUGUCAAACACUGUUGUCUGCCACAGGAACAGAAUCUUUCAGAAACAGGUUGAUUCAUUACUAAACAAAGCCUUCAUCAUUGUGUAUUUUGUCCUGGUGAGCACUGUUAUCAUUUUUACGUACAUUGCAGUCAUGAUGACUGUGAAAUCAGCCUCGUCUAAUGUCCAUGAAGCCACUAAGGCCCACAAGACUGUCCUGCUGCACCUGCUGCAGCUGUGCCUCUGCCUGGUCUCUCUUCUCUAUAACAUAAUAAACUCCAGCCACACGUCGUCCUUAAAGGGGGAUGUGGCUAUUCAUGUUCACUAUGUCUUAUUUGUAGGUUUUAUCCUUUUCCCCAAGUGUUUGAGUCCACUCAUAUAUGGCCUCAGAGAUCACGCCUUCAGGAAGGUAUUCAAGUAUUAUUUCACCUUCGGCCUCUAA